AUGGAGAAAAACUCCACCUUUGCCAGACCUGUGGGUUUUCUGAUUACUGGUUUUCAGAAUUUGCAGAACAGUGAAUAUUAUUUCAUAUUCCUGGCUUUUGUUUACAUGGGAACCCUGGCAGCCAACUUCAUCCUAAUUUGCAUUAUAUGGCUUUCAGAGCGUCUCCAUACACCAAAGUUCAUAGCAGUUUUUAAUUUAUCUGUUAUAGAUGUAAGUGUUAGCACAGCCCUUAUUCCAAAAUGUAUAGAUUGUUUCCUUUUUCACUCAAGUUUUGUCUUAUUUGAGACAUGUUUAACUCAAAUAUUUUUUUUCCAUUAUUUCUAUGCUUUGGAAUCUCUUGCCCUUGUUGUUAUGGGUUAUGAAAGACUCGUCUCUAUUUGUUUUCCACUGAGAAGCAGCACAAUCAACACAAACACCAGGAUGUUUUUUAUAAUUGUUUUUUGCUGGGUAUUAGCAUCCAUAGUCCCUUUUAUGUCAAUAGUUUUUAUAGCACGCUUGUCAUUCUGUCAACCUGUUCCUGUCAUUAAGAGUUAUUUCUGUGAUCAUGGACCAGUGUUUAAAGAGGCCUGCAGCAGCUACACUGCAAACUGGACUAUAGCUAGUGUUUAUACUGUUGCUUUCAUUUUUCUACCACUGGCAUUGAUUAUUUUAUCAUACGUGUGCAUUAUAGCUGCUCUUUCCAGGAUUGCAUCUGCAGAAGGGAGGUGGAAGGCAUUUAAAACAUGCACAGCGCACUUAGCCUUAGUGAGCAUAUAUUUUAUUCCUCUUUUAGUAACAUAUAUGAUUGUUUGGACCAAUUCACCACUGGAAACUAACACCAGAAUCCUCAACACAUCUUUGUCAACAACCCUGCCUCCUCUACUGAAUCCCAUCAUAUACACCUUAAAAACUGAGGAGGUCAUGGAGCAAAUUAAGAAUUUUAUUAGGAAGCGAUAG